GGCGCUCCCGCGGCGGCGGCCGCGGCCCCGCUCCGCUUCCCGCCCUGCCCCUUCCCCUGAGGAGGCACCGCCCGCGCUCCGCUGCCGACAAUGGCUGACUGGGCUCCCAUAGCGAAGGAGUACGACCCCCUCAAGGCUGGCAGCAUCGAUGGCACGGACGAGGAGCCCCACGACCGGGCCAUAUGGCGGGCGAUGCUGGCACGGUACGUACCCAACAAGGGCGUCACGGGAGAUCCUCACCUCACCCUCUUUGUGGCGAGGCUCAAUUUUCAGACCACAGAAGAGAAGUUAAAGGAGGUUUUUUCCCGCUAUGGAGACAUCAGAAAGAUCCGUCUGGUUCGAGACCUGGUCACAGGAUUUUCCAAGGGUUAUGCGUUUAUUGAGUACAAAGAGGAGCGUGCGCUGCUGAAGGCCCACAGAGAUGCCAACAGGCUGGUCAUUGACCAACAUGAGAUCUUCGUAGACUUUGAACUGGAAAGAACUCUCAAAGGAUGGAUUCCCCGGAGGCUUGGGGGUGGGUUUGGAGGCAAAAAAGAAUCUGGGCAGCUGCGGUUCGGAGGACGGGACAGACCUUUCCGAAAGCCCAUCAAUUUGCCAAACAUGAAAAAUGAUUUCUAUGGAGAAGGAUCAUCAGAGAAAAGAAACUGGUCUCGUGAGGGAACGAGGGACUGGAGAACAAGGGACCGGGACCAUGAGAGGAGCAGGGACAAACGCUGGCCUGAAAGGGAGAGGUCAUGGGCUUGGGGUGACAGUGAGAGAGAGAGAGACUCCAAAGAGGAGAGGAGCAGGGGGAGGGAAAGGAAGGACAGAGACAGGAAGGACAGGGAUAGAGACCGGAGCAGGGACAGAGAUACCAAGAAGCAAAGAGAUGAUGAUAAGCACCGAUAGGUGACCAUGCCUUGUCCUUGGGGUGUGUGACCUACCCUUACAGCAGCUCGGGGCUGUGACAGCAUUCCCAGAACAAGCUGUGGUGUUGCCACCUUAUGCCUGUGACUCUGCUGCCAGCAGCUCUCUAUGGUUUGGUUCCUACUGCAGUUCAGAUGUGUGUAGAAUUGUUCUUUAGAGAAAAUAAACUUUUGUAUGAAUGUUUUUGAACUGGUGAUGGCUGUAAGAAGUGCACCGUGCAUACAGGCAUCCCACUGAGAUGAGCACACACCUUGUCUGGCUGCCUGGGUGAGGAGUUAUCCGUGUGCCAGAUGUCCACAGGUCUGUUAUGAAACAGUCCCGUGCUGGAGACACAGGAAUGAAGAAGCAACAAACUUCUGAAACUUUUGUGCCCCAAAACAGAAGCUGAUGGGAAGUGGCUUCAUUUUUGUGAAGACACUGGGACAGGCAAGACCUUUAUUGAUACUGUGUCCUUAACUAGUUCUGCCAGGUGAGAAACACAGAACCAGCCCACUGUCUAUGACAUGGGAGGAUGAAACUCCUUUGUACAGAGGAAUGUGCACCACAGGGCAGUAAGCACGUCAGAAAAAGCCUCAUGUUUCUGAUGAAUCCAUGGACAGUCACUGAAGGAGGGUGUCAUGGGUAAAUGUGGUUGCAGCUGCACUCAUUCUGUCCUCACCCUUCUACACAGGGUUUAAAUCCAUUCUGGAAACUGGGCUUGCUGCUGGUUUUAGCUGAACUGGGGAAAACAGGGCAAAACAUCUUUUUCAGGGCUAGGAUGUGUAAAUACAGACACACCUCUUCCAUUAAGGAGCUUACAGUACUGUCUGGAAAAGGCUCUGUCAUGUUCUUUGUCAUCAUAAGCCAUUCCUAAAUAUAUAAUGUAUUUUAAAUUGUA